UUCCCUCAACCCAGGGAGAAGAGAAGCCCCAUUAGCUUUCCUCUCCUCUUACAUAGUUACAUUCACCAUGGCCACCAACCUCCUCCUCCCCCUCCUCCUCCUCGCCCUAGUCGCCGGCUCCCAUGCAGGCAGCAUCGCUGUCUACUGGGGCCAGAACGGCAACGAGGGCACCCUCGCCGACACCUGCGCCUCCGGCCUCUACUCCUACGUCAACCUCGCCUUCCUCACCACAUUCGGCAACGGCCAGACCCCCGUCCUCAACCUCGCAGGCCACUGCGACCCCUCCGCCGGCACCUGCACCAGCCUCACCUCCGACAUCCAGUCCUGCCAGUCCCAGGGCGUCAAGGUGUUCCUUUCCCUCGGCGGCGCCUCCGGAAGCUACUCCCUCUCCUCCACCGACGACGCCCAGAACGUCGCCCAGUACCUCUGGGACAACUUCCUUGGCGGCAGCUCCUCCUCUCGUCCCCUCGGAGCCGCCGUCCUCGACGGCAUCGACUUCGACAUCGAGGCAACCAACGGAGACUUCUUCGACACCCUUGCACAGGCUCUGUCGCAGUUCAGCAGCCAGGGAAACAAGGUCUACCUCACGGCGGCGCCGCAGUGCCCGUACCCCGACGCGCACCUCAACACGGCGCUGCAGACCGGGCUUUUCGACUAUGUCUGGAUCCAAUUUUACAACAACGCACAGUGCCAGUACUCGUCGGGGAGCAUCGACAAUUUGACCAGUGCGUGGAACACCUGGAUAUCGAGCGUGACGGCGACCAGCUUUUUCUUGGGCUUGCCGGCGUCGCCCGAUGCGGCCCCGAGUGGUGGGUACAUUCCUCCCGACGUGCUGAUUUCUCAGGUUCUGCCGGCAAUUCAGGGGCCAAAGUAUGGUGGGAUAAUGAUCUGGAGCCGGUACUACGAUGUGCUGAACAACUACAGUGCCACCGUGAAGAAUAGCGUUUGAAUUGCGUCCCAUACAUAUAUACAAGGAGGUCUAUACUUAUGGUCAUGUUUACUAAAAUAAUGACAAGCAGGUUGCUUGCCAAGAAAGAUCCAAUCUGAAAUCAAUUAAAUAUGUUUUGGAAAUAAAGAAGUGAUAUGGAUUCCUCUUUUUACUAAAAGAAUUAAGUGACCUUUCUUGAAAAAGAAAAUAAACAAAUAAAUAAAGUCAAAUGUA